GUCAUUUCACAAAAUACUUAAACGUCAUUCUAGUGGAUUAAGGAUUUUUUAAUUUGUUUCAGUAUUUACUAUUUACUUCUUUGUUCUUGCUCUAGCUUAUUUGUAAAUUGACGUCCUCAAAAAAUUAACAAACAUGGCUAAGAGAACAGCUACGGUUGCUUUCGAUGAACCUAAAACGAAGGUAAUCGAUGGAAAAAAGCAUUCUCUUGAUUCUGACGAAGAGGAUAGUGCCGCUGAAGAAGAGAAACAAAAUGUUCUAAAUGCCGACGACAUUGAAGGUGAAGAAGAAGGUAUUGCUGGAAUGGAAGGUGAAAUUACAAUUACACCAUUUAAUAUGAAAGAAGAGUUGGAAGAAGGACAUUUUGAUACACAAGGCCACUACCAUUGGAAAAAGGAAAAGGAGAUUCGGGAUGGUUGGCUAGAUAAUAUAGAUUGGGUCAAAGUAAAGGGUCGGCCUGAAGAUAAGUAUAAAGUACAUAAGGAUGAUGAAAUGAAAGGUAUCCUUGAUGACAGUGAUAGUGAAGAUGAAGAACCAGAAGAGAAAUUUGAUCUUAUAUCUAAUUAUAAAGAAAUAUUACAACAUAUGAAGCCUAAAGAGACCAUAGCAAAAAGUUUACAGCGGUUAGGUGCUGCUUCAAAAAUUUCUAGUGCAGACCGAUGGAAAAGAAAAAAGCAAGGUAUAGUUGAUGAAGGCAGUAAAAUUGUUACAAGAGUAACUGAGUUGGCAAAUCAAAUUCUCACUAAAACUGGUAAUAUGGAUAUUUACCAGGAGACUUAUGAGAAAAUUACAAAUACUAUUGCAAAAUCUGAAAAGAAAAACCAAGAUGCAGAAUUAGAUAUGUAUGCGGAUGACUUUGAUCAGAAAGAAAAGAAAACUUUGGGCCAAGAGAGUGACACCAAAGCUGAAAGUGAAAAUGAAGAUUCUAAUGAGGUAAAAUGGGAAUUUAAAUGGAGCCAAAACAAUAAUGCUGAAAUAUCUGGACCUCAUUCUACAAGUCAAAUGAAUAAAUGGGCAAAUGAGGGUCAUUUUAAAUCAGGUGUUUGGGUCAGGAAGCAUGGAGAAGACUCGCAAUUCUAUAGUUCCAGUAGAAUUGAUUUUGAAAUAUAUAUGUAAAAACAUC